AUGGAUUUGAUGUUGGAAACUGGGAAGAACAGCUUCUUCUCUGAGGGUCAACGCUCGCACCUACCCCCGCUUGGCCCCACCGCGCUCACCUGGCCGCCGCCGACCCACCACUGCCGGGCCGCCCCGCCGCUGCCAAGCCGCCGCAGCAUCUCCCUCGCCGCUCCCGCCGCCUUGGCCCACCGCCAUCCGCUGCCCCCGCCCAACUCGACCUCCGCGCGCGCGGCCGCCCAUCCAGGCCUGCCUCCUCACGCGCUCAACCACCAGGCCGCGCCCAACCUCCGCUCCGUUCCCUCCACGCGCGCGACCCCGGCCAAGCUAGCCCGGCCCGCUCUGCGCGAUCCCCCGGCCCCCGGCCCGCUCCCGCGCGAGCCCCACCAGGACGGACCGCCGCCGCUCACCCCGCGCUGCGCCAAGCUCGGCCGCCUCCACUCGAUCCGCCUUGGCUCAUCCCGCACGCCUCUGCUCACCCGCUCGCCGGCCGGUCGGCCCUGCCUCACCGCGCGCUAG